UCCAAUCUGGGAAAUAAGGGACUUUUUCAAGCGUCUUCCUCGGCCCCGGGAAGAACAUGAGGCUCUCCAGCAUCCGCAGAGCGUCCUCGCUGGUGAUUCUGUUGCAAAUCGUGUUGAUCUGCUCGGCUCAGAGGGGCCCGGUCGGUCCCAGAGGCCCCCAGGGGCCCGUUGGCGUAGCGGGCUUCUCCGGAGUGGACGGCAUUGAUGGCGAACGGGGAGAAGACUCCACGGUGGACGGAGGACCGGGUGCCGACGGUGACAACGGGCGGGCCGGAGCCCCCGGGGCCGCGGGCCUCCCGGGCGCAGACGGCCCCGUUGGACCUCAUGGAGAUUCCGGCGCCGUCGGCCCCAAAGGACCAAAGGGGGAUUCUGGGACGCGAGGGCUUUCUGGAGAGCCGGGCGCCGGACCUGACGGGCUGGAUGGCAUCCCGGGGACAGACGGGCUUCCAGGGGAACUCGGCAAAAUCGGAUCUACUGGAACAAGAGGCAAGAGAGGUCAAGUGGGUCGUCCUGGUGCUGCUGGGCCGCGGGGUCCUCCGCCCGUGUACCAAGGAGAGGAACUGUGUCCCAACGCCUGCCCCGCUGGACUCAACGGACAUUCUGGUCUCCCCGGCAUGAAGGGCCACAAGGGGGUGAAAGGUGAAUCCGGGGAGCCCGGAAGACAAGGACACAAGGGAGAGGAAGGAGCUCAGGGGCUGCUGGGGGAAGUCGGCACUCAGGGAUUGCCGGGCCAAGGUGGACCAAGAGGCCUCCUGGGAAUAAUGGGCUCCAUCGGGGACAAGGGACCUCGUGGAAAACCCGGCGAUGGAGGUCAUCGGGGGAUCCAGGGAGGCCCGGGCGACCCGGGCCAAAGAGGAGCCGUCGGUGAGCACGGGCCGGCCGGAGUGCAGGGGGGUGGAGGCUCGUCUGGAAUCAGAGGAGUGCCGGGUCCAAAAGGAGAGCCGGGCCUCGCCGGUCCAGACGCCCGCGAGGGGAUACCCGGCCUGCCCGGAUCCAAGGGUCUUCUAGCAAAGGAUGGGGCUCCAGGGGACGCUGGCCCACAAGGACUUCCUGGUUUGCCGGGAUCUUACGGACAGAAGGGAGUCAGCGGUGCGGUGGGUAAAGCCGGUGACCCGGGUGCCGGAGGCCCGAUGGGGUCUCUAGGGAAACAAGGCGAGCGAGGCGAGCAGGGCGAGGUCGGCCCGGUCGGAGCCCGAGGAGGACCGGGCGGACGAGGAGAGAAGGGGCCUGACGGGCCUCUGGGAUCCCCAGGCCCCCGGGGAGGCCAAGGGAACCAGGGCCUUCCUGGACUUCCUGGCCCUGCAGGUUAUCGCGGCCAGAAGGGCGACAGGGGGGGCGUCGGCCUCGAUGGUCCAAAAGGAGACCAGGGAUCCUCAGGAGACGAAGGAGCAGCCGGAGCUGUGGGAGAGCUGGGCGAUCAAGGAGAACCAGGAGAGAGAGGAUCGACGGGCCCACCGGGAGAGACGGGGAAUAAAGGACCCGAGGGCGGCAGAGGUCAAGAGGGCAAAGAGGGCAAAGACGGCCAACCGGGCCCUCGGGGCAUGCAGGGCGACAUGGGCGUCCCGGGCCUGCCGGGGUCGCAGGGGCCAGCGGGAAAAUCCUCAACAGAUACACACAUCAAGCAGGUCUGCAUGAGGGUGAUGCAAGAGCAGCUGGCCCAGCUGGCAGCGAGCCUGAGCCGGCCGGAGUCCGGCAUCUCCGGGAUGCCCGGAUCCCCCGGUCCGCCCGGACCUCAGGGCGUCUCCGGAGAGAACGGUUUCCCCGGACACACCGGAUCUCGAGGACUGCCCGGUCUGAAGGGACCGGCUGGGCAUCUGGGCCGCAAAGGACCCAAAGGUGACCAUGGCGACCGAGGGGACAGAGGACCCACGACCAGAGGAGCCAAAGGAGCUCCCGGAGCCCCCGGUCUACAAGGUGACCCCGGGCGAGCAGUUUACGGCCCUGACGGUCGCGAUGGAGGCCGGGGGCCCCGCGGCGCCCCCGGUGUGCCCGGAGUCCCCGGGCCCCCCGGCGCCGCCGGCCUGAACGGCUACUGCGAGUCGUCCCAGUGCGUCCUGCCCGUGAUGGCGGCGCCGAUCUCCGCGAAGGACUCCGGCAUGAAGGGCCCCGGUGACAUGUGAGGAGACCAGAACCACGGGAGGAGAGACCAGAACCACCGGAGAGACCAGAACCACCAGAGGAGAGACCAGAACCACGGGAGGAGAGACCAGAACCACGGGAGGAAAGACCAGAACCACCGGAGGAGAGACCAGAACCACGGGAGGAAGAUGUGGUCCUUUUUUUAAAUGUUAUUUUUAUUUCGGGAGCUCAUUUUUUUUUUGCUUUUUAAAAUCGUUUUUUUUUACCUCACUUUAUUUUUUAUUUUUCAUUGUAAAAUUAAAGAAAUGAAGAAGUCACAUUUACACCAGAGCUCCUGUACGCUUAUGUAAAUCUGUCAAGAUGCAAAUUCUACAUCUUGAUGACGAGUUGUUUGUUGUUUGUUUGUUGUUGUUUAUCCACGUCACCCCGCUGGGCCUCAUGCUGUCGCGUUCCUGUGAAAACCUCCCAUGACUUUAUAUGACUUCUUAUUUAUUAUACGGAGGUUCAAGGCGACGUGAGUUGUACAGAAGGAAAUAAACACAUUUUCAUAACA